UUAUUUCAGUAUUUUACUUCUUUGUGGUCCAGAGAAGUUACAGGCGCCAAAUGUCAUGGCAUGUAGAAGAAGACGACAACGCUCACUUCCAGGUCACAGUGAGAGACAUAUACCCAACAACGUGGACCAACUUGCUUUCAAAUACAUGGAGAUGUGUAAAAUGGAGUCCAGCACUGAUACUGACUCAGAAAUCAGUCCAAGAUGGUCGGACACCAGCACUAUGGGAUGUGUGAGCAGUGCACCAGAGCGUGGGACAUUGCGUCGAACACUGUCACUGAAGCCUGCAGCAAGGCAUGGUUGUUAUUCUUUGUUUAUGGACCCGUAUGAUGGGAGCUCUGAAGAUUCGGAUGACUCAAACAUCGAUUUUGGUGUCUCCAGGCGAACAAGGCACCAGGGACAAGGAGGAGGGGGAUGUCGGUUUUCAGGCCGGAGCAGGAGAUUCAUCCUUCAUAACCCUGCUUCUGUUGCUCUCAGAGAAGUGAUGAAAAAUGGGAUGAGAGAUCCUGUAACAGAGCAGCAACAUCUUUUGGAUCUCCCGAUGAAAUGCGGGAGUGAUUCUGAGCUCUGGGUCUGUGAGCUUGACACUCUGCCCUCCCACAGUGACAAGGAUAGUUGUAGAGAUCUUACAGCAGAAAUGGCAAAUGAUUCAACAAUGCAUCCCCAAACCAUGGAUAUCGAAUUGCAGCUUGAUGAUUCAGGCUUGCAUGCCACAAGAUCCUCUACACCUCACACAUCUGGACCUCUCACCCCAGUGGGAGGGAGCUCGUCCUGGAUGCUGGAUAGCUCUACUGAGAGAUCCCCCAGCCCAUAUAACCUCAGAUCUCUUUACAAGAGAAAGCUGGGGCUCCCUGGAGCAGAAGUGGUGGAACUGGCACAAAGAAAGAGGCAGUGUGUCGUCAACAUGGAGGACAAACAAGAGGCAGGGGACUCUGCAUCUGAACCAUGUUAGAGUCUUUAUGACCAUGGACUGACAGAAUGAAAUACUGUAAAUAGUUACUUUAUGCACUUUGGUUUAUUUUUCU